AUGGAAUUAGGGGAAUAUGACAUGCAAUAUCAGCCGCGCACAACCAUCAAGGCACAGGCCUUGACAGAUUUCUUAACAGAAAUUCAUCAGACUAACUCUGAAGAAACCUGGAAGGUCUAUGUGGAUGGGUCGGCCACUCAUCAAGGCAGUGGGGUCGGGGUCUUGUUGAUAUCUCCCCAAGGGGAUAUACUUCAGUUGGCUGUCCGAUUGAAUUUCCGAUCCACUAAUAAUGAGGCAGAAUAUGAGGCUUUGUUGGCAGGAUUGCAGGCAUCUCGGCAUGUAGGGGCUGCCCGAGUAAUCAUUUACUCAGAUUCCCAGCUAGUAACUCAGCAAGUGGCUGACAACUUUGUGGUAAAUUGUGAUAAAUUACAAGUAUAUCGGGAAACAUACGAGAAGAUGAAGGAAGAAUUUGCAGAAGUUACAGUAACUAAGAUCCCCAAGGCAGAGAAUGAGAAAGCAGAUGAGUUAACAAAGAUGAUCAGUUUCUUAACUACUUCGGUGUUGGACAGGUCAACGGCGCAAACUUUCCUUAUAGCUCAAAUAGAUUUGCAAAAUAAUAGGGAAACAACUAUUGAUUGGCAGGCGCCCAUGAUCAGCUAUCUUAGGCAAGGUACCUUACCACCUGACCCAGAGGAAUCACGGCUGGUCAGGAAACAAGCCCAUGCUUAUGUCAUGAUCGGGGAUCAGCUAUACAAGCGGUCCUUCUCUAGGCCCUUACUCAAAUGCAUGGGUAUGGAGGAGGCAUACCAAGCCUUACAAGAAAUACAUAUGGGAUGUUGUGGCAGUCAUGUAGGCGGUCGGACGUUAUCUCGCAAGGUACUCCUGGUCGGGUACUUCUGGCCUACUUUACAGAGGGAUGCUCACAAGCUGAAACGUUUCUUAUUGGUGGCGGUGGAUUAUUUCUCUAAGUGGGUGGAAGUAGAGGCCCUGGCCAGGAUUACAGAAGAUGCGGUCAUCCAGUUUCUGUGGAAGAAUAUUCUCUGCAGGUUCGACAUUCCACACAAAUUGGUAUCAGAUAAUGGGAGGCAAUUUCAAAGGCAAAAAAUCCAGGCCUGGUGUAAGGGAUUUGGCAUAACGCAAGCCUUCACUUCAGUGGCAUACCCGCAAAGCAAUGGCCAGACUGAGAUGGUUAAUCGAGAAAUAGUACGAGGUCUGAAGGUUAAGCUGGAUCAUGUGGGAGGUAACUGGGUGGAAGAGCUAUCAAGCAUCCUAUGGGCCUAUCGUACUACACCCCGAGAAAGUACCGGUCUGACACCAUUCCAUCUGGUUUAUGGGAACGAAGCAGUAGUACCCAUAGGGAUUGGAGUGCCGUCAGUCAGGAGGACGUUAUAUGACGAAGAAAAUGCAGAGCGGCGGCUGGCUGAGCUGGAUCUCAUUAGUGAAAUCCGCGACAGGACAGCAGCCCGACUGGAGGCCUACCGACAAAGAAUGAGGCAAAAUUAUAACAAAAGAGUUAUUCCUUGA